AUGAGCGGGAAUAAAGGGCGUAUUAACAAAGCAUCGCCCCGGGGAAGGUACAAUCAAUCACACAAUCAGCCACCUCGCGGAGGAGUUUCCCGAUCCAUCAACGUCGCGACCACUCCGCGGCGCGAGAUUGAUCAUCGUGUUAUUGCCGGGCCCGUCUGCAUUGAUUCACGGGCGCCAUUGUUGUUCGAGUGUCAUUGUUCGGUAGCGAGGCUGGUGCCCGAAGACGCGGCGGCUAAGGAGGCAUUCCGAAAGUCGAAUAGCUCACUG